GCCCCUUCGCCGCCGGCUCGCGCAUCCCACCUACUCCCGUGCGCGCGCUGCUUAUUUAUAGCGCGCGCCGCCGAGCCGGGCAGGGCAGGGCUGCGCGUGCUGGGCGAGCAACAGAACAGAGCUGCAGCUGCAACCAGACAGCAAAAGCACUGCAUGUUCUAGUGAGUGCCUUACUCUAUAGCUGUCUGCUAGCGUCUAGAUAUCACACGAGUCAAGCUAUCAGAGUUUAACCUCUCGAUCACUCCUCGAUUGUCGGCGGCGAACAAACGCCAUGGAGGUGAAGGUGCUGAGCUCCAAGCUCGUGAGGCCGUCGUACCCGGCGGGCGCGCCGCGCCCGGACACCACGGAGCACGUUCCGUCGUCGGUGUUCGACAAGGCCACGUACCACAUCCAGAUGGCCAUCAUCUACGCGUUCGCGCCGCCGGGGCCCUCCGCGGCCGACAUCGAGCGCGGGCUCGCCGCGGUGCUGGGCGUGUACCGCCUCUUCGCGGGGCAGGUCCGCCCUGGCCUCGACGGCUGCCCCGGGGUGCUGCUCAACGACCACGGCGCGCGGCUCGUGGAGGCGUCCGUGGACGCGCACCUCGCCGACAUCGCGCCGGCGAAGCCGUCGCCCGCCGUGCUGCGGCUGCACCCGGACCUGGAGGGCGAGAUCGAGGAGAUGGUGCAGGUGCAGCUCACGCGGUUCGCGUGCGGCUCCCUCGCCGUGGGCUUCACCGCCAACCACGCCGUGGCGGACGGGCACGCCACCAGCGACUUCCUUGUCGCGUGGGGCCGCGCCGCGCGCGGGCUCCCCGUCGGCCCGCAGCCGCCGGUGCACCACCCGGACCUCUUCCCGCCGCAGGACCCGCCGCGCGCCGAGUUCGAGCACCGCGGCGUCGAGUACCACCGCCCCGCGCCGGCGGCUGCGGGCCACGGGCACGGCGAGGCCCAGCACAGCAGCGGCAUCGUGAUCCACAAGGCGCACUUCACCAAGGACUUCGUGGCGGGGCUGCGCGCCAAGGCGUCGGAGGGCCGCGGCCGCCCGUUCAGCCGGUUCGAGACGAUCCUCGCCCACGUGUGGCGCACCAUGACGCAGGCGCGGGGGCUCGGCAACCCGGCGCAGACCUCCACGAUCCGCAUCUCCGUGGACGGGCGGCCGCGCCUGGCCGCGCCGGCGGGCUACUUCGGCAACCUGGUGCUGUGGGCGUUCCCGCGCGCCACGGUGGGGGACCUCCUGAACCGGCCGCUGAAGCACGCGGCGCAGGCGAUCCACGACGCGGUGGCGCGGGUGGACGGCGCCUACUUCCGGUCGUUCGUGGACUUCGCGAGCUCCGGCGCGGUGGAGGAGGGGCUGGAGCCGACGGCGGUGAUCAAGGACGUGCUGUGCCCGAACCUGGAGGUGGACAGCUGGCUGACGUUCCCGUUCUACGAUCUGGACUUCGGCGGCGGGAGCCCGGGCUACUUCAUGCCGUCCUACUUCCCGACGGAGGGGAUGCUGUUCCUGGUGCCGUCGUACCUGGGCGACGGCAGCGUCGACGCCUUCGUGCCGGUGUUCGAGCACAACCUCGAGGCCUUCAAGCAGUGCUGCUACUCCAUGGAGUAGCUAGCCAGCUUUCGCCUAGUGCAUGGCAUGCCGAUGAGGGGAUGAGCACUAGAAUUGAUCGAGCUCGCUGCUUUUGCAUGCAUGCAAGCGCUGAUUAUUGUCACAGUACACCGUAUUGGCGUAUUUCCAUUCGUACCAAGUAUAUAUACGUACUGCUAUAGGUUAUUAGUACGUAGCUGUGAGUGGCUUUAAUUUCCUGUAUUUUGUAAUAAAAAAACCUAAGUUAUCUCGCUCUUUUUGGGGGUGUUGCUCCAGAAUAGUGUUGCUUGUAGAAGAAUGUUGGGUGUAUAUAUAUGUGAAAGAUUCUUCGUGAUUCUUG